AAACACGUGCGGGCAAUGCCCUCUACCUUUCCCAAAUAUGAAAAAUUGGGAAAGUUGUUCAUAGUGUAUGAAAACAGGGACUUUAUCAUCGUUCUCAGAAGUUGUGUAAAAGAGAGAGAACCAACAAAAAUGGAGUCCGUAGCCAAUCCUGAAAAGCCUCAUGCACUAUGCAUCCCUUAUCCAUCUCAAGGCCACAUCAAUCCCAUGCUAAAACUAGCCAAACUCCUCCACCACAAUGGCUUUCAUAUUACUUUCCUUCACACUGACCACACCCACCAAUGCCUCCUCGAAUCUCUAGGACCCAACUCUCUCAAUGGCCUGCCUUCUUUCCAUUUCCGUACAAUUCCCGAUGGGCUUCCUUCCACCAGCACUUCCACCCGCAACACGCCCUCCCUAUGCCGGUCAAUGAGUGAAACUUGCUUACCUCACCUUAGAAACCUGAUCUCAGAGCUCAAUCACUCUUCUUCAUCCAAUGUUCCUCCUGUAACUUGCAUAAUUUCAGAUGGGGUCAUGAGCUUCUCACUUGAUGCAGCACAAGAGCUUGGAAUCCCUCAUGUUUUGUUUUGGACGACUGGUGCUUGCGCGUUUAUGGCCUAUCUCCACUUUCGCCACUUGAUUGACAAGGGUCUCGUACCAUUCAAAGAUGAGAGUUACUUAACAAAUGGUGUUCUUGAUACUGUUAUAGAUUGGAUUCCAGGCUUGAAUGGUAUCCGUUUGAGGGACAUCCCAAGUUUUAUCAGAACUACAGAUCCUGAAAACUUUAUGCUAAAUUUUCUGAUCUCAGAGACUCAAAGAGCUAAAGAGGCGUCUGCUAUUGUAUUGAAUACAUUUGAAGCAUUAGAGAAUGAGGUUUUUGCUGCCCUUGCUUCAUUACCAUUGCCUCGUGUAUACUCCAUCGGCUCCCUUCAACUCCUCCUCAAUCAGGCAGCAGAUGAUAGGCUAAAGUCCAUUCAAUCAAACUUAUGGAAAGAAGAAUCUGGGUGUCUUGAAUGGCUUGAUUCGAAAGAACCCAACUCGGUCAUUUACGUGAACUUUGGAAGCAUGAUCGUCACGACAGGUGACAAAUUGGUGGAGAUUGCUUGGGGACUUGCUAAUAGCAACAAAAACUUUUUGUGGGUCAUUAGGCCUAACCUUGUUUCCGGCACCGCCGCGGUUCUUCCUCCGGAGUUCGUUACAACGACCAAAGAGAGAGGUUUUUUAGCAAGCUGGUGCCCCCAGGAGCAAGUGCUAAGCCACCCAUCUAUUGGAGGGUUCUUAACACACAGUGGAUGGAAUUCAACACUUGAAAGCAUUUGCGGAGGGGUGCCAAUGAUUUGUUGGCCUCGAUCAUCGGAGCAACAAAUGAAUUGCCGAUACUGCUGCUUAGAAUGGGGCAUAGGCAUGGAGAUGAACAGUGAUGUGAAGAGAGAUGAAGUUGAGAGGCUUGUAAGAGUGUUAAUGGAAGGAAAGAAGGGAAAUGAAAUGAAGAAGAAAGCGAUGGAGUGGAGGAAGAUUGCAGAAGAGGCUGCGAGUCCCAAAGGUUCAUCUUUCCAGAAUUUGGACAACGUCGUCAAUCAUGUGCUUCUGUCUUCCAGAAAUUAAACUCUUACCUACUAAACAUAACAAAAUAAAUAAAUUUAUAUCAUGUCAGGUCAUUUUCCGUUUAUAUAUAUAUAUAUAUAUAAAGUGAUGAAAUAUUGAAUUUAAAUAUUAAUUUAUAUUUAAAGCUAAUGAAUAGAA